CCCACAUCAGCACCAACACCCGCAUCGUCGAGCGCGAGCGACUAUUUUCCCAUCGCUGGCCGCUGCUUGUGUGCGCUGUCCAGUCCUUCGCCCUCCUGACCAAACGUGCCCUCGACAAACGGACCUGUUCUCGUUGCGACAAUGAGCCAAGAAGACUGGAAUGGUCGCUGGGACGACAUUGAUAUGUUCCUCGAUCGCUCGGGACCAUUUGCCCAGGAGCAGUUCGAGGCUGGAGAUGAGGUGAAAUCCUUCCUCCACGACGACUGCAAGAUCCUUGUCAUCGGGGCCGGCGGCCUUGGCUGCGAGCUGCUCAAAGACCUGGCCCUGAGCGGGUUCAAGGAUAUCCAUGUCAUCGACAUGGACACCAUCGACAUUUCCAACCUCAAUCGCCAGUUUUUGUUCCGGCAAGCUGAUGUCGGCAAGCCCAAGGCCGAAGUCGCCGCCAAGUUUGUGAUGGAGCGAGUCCCUGGCUGUAUUGUUACCCCUUACUUUGGCAAGAUCCAGGACAAGGACGAGGAGUAUUACUCGCAGUUUUCCAUCAUCAUCUGCGGCCUGGACUCGGUAGAGGCUCGUCGAUGGAUCAAUGCCACCGUUGUCAAUAUGUACGAUCCGGAGCGUCCAGAGACCUUGAAGCCCAUCGUCGACGGUGGCACCGAGGGUUUCAAAGGACAGGCCCGUGUCAUCCUCCCUCGAAUCACCGCCUGCUACGAGUGUUCGCUGGAUAUGCAAACCAAGCCCACAACCUUCCCGAUGUGCACCAUCGCGAAUGCUCCGCGACUCCCUGAGCACUGCAUCGAAUGGGCCUCGAUCAUCCAAUGGCCCAACCAUUUCCCAGGCCAAAAGGUUGACGGCGAUAGCCCGGAGCACAUCAAGUGGCUUUUUGAUAUGGCGACCGACCGUGCAAAGCAGUUUGGCAUCACCGGUGUUACGUACUCGCUGACCCAAGGAGUUGUCAAGAACAUCAUUCCCGCAAUCGCCUCAACCAACGCCAUCGUCGCAGCGGCCUGUGCCAAUGAGGCUUUCAAGCUUGCCACCAACUGCGUCGGAAAUCUCGACAACUACAUGCUCUAUGUUGGCGACCAGGGCAUCUAUACAUAUACAUUUGAGCUCCAGCGCAAGGAGGAGUGCCCCGUCUGCGGCUCGGCCACGAUGGUCAUCCACGACCAAGACAGGACUGCCACGCUGCAAGAGUUUAUCGAUUCGCUCACCGAGAUCAGCUCAGUCCAACUGAAAAAACCGUCGCUCCGAACAAGCUCAAAGUCGCUGUUUAUGCAGUCACCUCCCGCCCUUCGGGAAGCCACCUUGGGCAACCUCGACAAGAUUUUGGCGGAGCUGCUGUUGGAUGGCGAUGUGAUCUACGUGACAGAUACGGCCCUGCCCAUCAGUUUGCAGAUCACAGUCUACUUUAAGAACGAGUAAACGUGCCUCCGCAACGCCAACUCGUGCCAAGGCGUCCGGUGAGAUCCUUACAGUCUGGGAAACCUGAGCAGACAGUGGAAAGCUCUGGGUGAAAAUAAACUACUGGAUGGAUGAGCACCGAA